AUGUUGGCGCCAGAACAAGAUGAAGCAACCCAGCUUCAGAGCCUGAUACAACAACUCACCGACGCAGCAAAAGCAUGCGACUACUCGCCCGGGGCAAAAGGCUACAUCGCAAGGACAAAUGUCGCCGGCAUUGCCAAAGACAUCGUCCGCCUGAUGAUGGCCCCGAGUGACAUGUCCAUGCACCACUCGGUCAAUGCAAGUCCCGUUUUCACUGGAACGAACAAGCAUCCCCAUUGA